AUGGCUUCGGUUCCAAGCGAAAAUGAUAGGAAUAUCAAGAAGAAAAUACUGAACGCUGCUAGAUCUAUAAGAAAAAAGUAUUUGGCUUUAAAGCUGGAGAGAAAAGAGGAAGAUGAGGCACUUGAUAGGAUAAUAAACCCUAUAACUGAACCUCUAAGAGAGUUUGUUGAGAAAACGGUUGGCAGAAAAGUCCAAGUUAAACAUGAAAAAGUUAAGCUCGAAGCUCCUAAAACGUAUUUUGAAUCUGAACCGAAACUUCCUAGAAAUGUAGAGUUCCAACCAGCAGAGAUUAUUGCUCAAACGAGUGAGAAUUUAAUAAGUGAUGAUGAUGAUGAUGAUGGCGCUGAGGAUGUCUUUUAUGAACCCUUACAACAUUUAAAAGAAGAUCUGCAGAAAUCAAUUCACGAUAGAUCAGGAGCGUAUGAAGAAUUUUUAGAUCAGUAUCCCAAAGUAGCACAAGAGUAUGUAGAUAGAUACUAUAAACAAUCAGAUGAAAUAGACCAUUCUUAUGGCUUGAAACAUGAUAUGAAAACCGAUGAUUGGUCUAUGGGAUCACAAAAAGUCAACUUUCUCCCGAAUGGAGAUAUUAAAGUCGGGGCUGUAUCUUAUAAAGGAACGCAGGGCUUAUAUGAUCUUUUAUUUCUGAAAAAGCCGAUCUAUCAGACAGAGGAUGAUAAGUUGCAGUUUACGGAUAUUCUAAACAGGACCAAUGUUCAUCGAAGAGAUUUUGAUCCAUCCAAACAAGUUAAAGGGUCCACAUCUUCAAAAUAUAGACAGUUUGUUAAACCUUUGGUCUCAUCAUCAUCUGAAGCAAAAAGGCUUAAAUCAAAAGAACCGAACAGAAAAAACGAAGAUGAAAUCGAAAAAGCCAUCGAAUCAAUAUUGACUCCAGAUCAUAAAUUCAACCAGGAUCUGGAGAAAUUUUUGUGUCCAGAAGAAAAAUCUCAAAUCGAGAUCAACCAGGAUCUGGAGAAAUUUUUGUGUCCAGAAGAAAAAUCUCAAAUCGAGAUUAUUGACAUUUCAAGUCCAGAAAGUCCUGCUAAUGAAGAUUAUGAUGAAAUGGAACAAAAUGAAGAAAUGAACGCCGAAGCUGUCAUCAUAGCUGAAAAAUCUUUUCAGCUAGAUGAACUAAAUCAAACUGAAAAGCAAAUUUUCCAAAAAUGGAAAUGUAUUCGAAAAAAGUUUUAUACUACUUAUAGAAUGUAG